AUGGCACACAGGCAACCAAUCUUCCCAAGUUUAGACAAUGAAGAAGUCAACAAUGGGGAAAUACUUCUACAAUCAGAGGAUGAAAUCAUUAGGAGACAGAGAUUUGAAGCCAUCCUAAAUUUACAGAAGGAGAAUAGUGGUUUGAUUGAACCCAAAAAAGAGAUAGUCAUAUUGCCUGGUAUGUAUCUUCCACAACCAGUUGCAAUGCCAAGCUCUACAUCAACCAAGGAAUCUGAUGAUCAGACACAAAAAGAACCACCUGCAGUUGUGUCAGGAAAACAUGGCGGUGGAACAUCCAAUGCACCUAGCUCUAGCAGGCCGAGGAAUUUCGGUGCAAGGAGGCAGAAAGCAAGAAGUGAUAACCACUCUAGUUCAACUUUAAGAGAUCCAAGAAAACCAGUCCAACAGUGGAUAAGAAGAGAUAGUCCUAGCAAUAAGCAAUAG